AUGCCGACAGCGCAGAAGACCUUGAUGUUCUUGUCUGGUUUUCUCACGAGCCUGGGGUCCGUCAUCGUAAUCUGCUCUAUGCUGGGGACCCAAGCAUGGAUCACCAGUACAGUUGGCAUCACAGACUCCAUCUCCAACGGCAGCGUCACCAUCACCUAUGGUCUUUUUCGUGGUAGGAGCACUCAAGAAAUUGAUCAAGGACUUACAGAACCAGACAAAGACUUUGAAGUUUUAGGGAUGUUGAACAAUUCUUCCCAAAAAACUCUGCAUUUGGUGGCCAUCCUGUUCCUGGUCCUCAGCUUGUCCACUUCGCUGCUGAGUUCGGGCUUUACCUUCUACAACAGCAUCAGCAACCCCUACCAGACGUUCCUGGGCCCGACAGGGGUGUACACCUGGAAUGGACUUGGCGCAUCCUUCAUUCUCCUGACCAUGCUGCUGUUUGUGGGGAACACACAGUCCAACCAUCUCUCCGGGGAACUGCUGGAGAAGCUCUACCCAACAGUCACUAGUGGAGGAACGACCCACAGCUACGGGUACUCAUUUUGGCUCAUCCUGCUGGUCAUUCUUCUUGAUAUCGUCACCGUGGUCAUCAUCAUUUUCUACCAGAAGGCCAGAUACCAGCAGAAGCAGGAGCAGAGAAAGCCCAUGGAGUAUGCUCCCAGGGACGGGAUUUUAUUCUGA